CCGGACGCGUUGGUCAUCGUUUCAACACUUGCCAACAAUGCGUUUUGACGUGAAGCCGGUCACGGCGGUAUGUUCCUGCCUCGUCAUGGCAGCUGUGUACGUGGGCAUCCUGUACUGCUGCCCCAAGGGCAUUCGAAGUCUUCCUCGCGACCACCCUCGCCAUAUCCUAGCUCGGUUCGCGCUCAUUGUCGUUGCCUGUGCUGGGUUCCCCUUCUUCCUGCAAUUGUUCGCAUCGGAGAAAGAGGACGGCGGCGUCACCCUAGCCUACAAACUCGGGUUCCACGCCAACGUGCUCGAGACAGUCACAUGCACGCUGCUCGCAGUGCUGCUGACGAUGCUUCUGUUCGCAGGCUCCAUCGUGUCCAACAGUCUCGAAGUGUACGCCAUCAAGCAGCACAACUGCGGCGCGACCUGGCUCGAUGCAUUUCGUGAGACUCAAGUCUAUCGCAACUUUACCCUUGAUCGAUUGCCGACAUUGCGCACCCUCAUCUUUGGUCCGUUGACAGAGGAGUUUGCCUUUCGCAGCUGCAUGUUGCCGCUGCUGAUGGAUGCUGGCUGGUCCGUCUCCACUACGAUCUUUGCGAGCCCCUUGGCCUUUGGUGUGGCCCAUGUACACCACUUGAUUGAUCACAUUCGGAGCGGUCGACCUGUUCGUACAGCCGUGGCGAUCGUUGUGUUUCAGUUGCUCUACACGACUGUGUUUGGCAUCUACGCCAGCUUUGUGUUUCUGCGAACAGGUCACUUUUACGCGGUGGUUGGUGUCCACUCAUUCUGCAACCUCAUGGGGUUCCCCGAUCUAUCGUUUCUGAAUGCAGACCACCCCCUUUACCGCUUUCAGCCACUCAUUCUGGGCACGUACAUUUGCGGCAUCGCGGCGUUUUCAACGGCGUUGUUUCCACUUACAGGAGUGUUCCCGUCCCUGUAUUGGCCAUCAUCGUCCUAACUAUCAACAAGAUAAUACCACCUACAUGAACGUUGCUUGGAUUAUUCGACUAUCAACUAUUAAUAUAUACUGUACCUCUCUGCGCCUUGCUUUCUCAUGUACUAGUAGUACAUAUACUAGUAUCUACAAUUCAGGUUGUACUCGAGCUACUGUGUUCGUCCGAUGGAGAGGGGGUUGGUUAGUGGGGCACAGGACACUGUCCAGGGUUGAUUGAUGUCAUCCCGGGUACAGGACACUGGCCGGUGGGAAUCACGGAUGUCGCCGGCUCGACUUCUUUGGGUCGUCGAAACGUCACACUGUGCAAGUACUUGCCCGUCUUGGCCAUCUGCUUCUCCUUGUCGGUCGGGUCUUGUUGUCCGUGGUAUAAUAUCGGGCACAUAGCAGUCAUCAUGAAAGCAUACACAUGUCGCCACGCCGCUUCCAUCUCGGCAUUCCACACGCCGUCGCCCGAGCACUCGCGGACCGCGGUCAGCAGCACGUUCCCCAACACGUUGUAGUAGCCCAUCUUGACCUUGUAUUUGUUGUGGCGAUAUGCCAAGUCCACAACCUUUUCAAUCGCGUUCUCCACGUUCGCUUCGUUGGUCACGGUCUGCACGAUGCUGAUCAGCGCCUUGCCUUGGAUGAUGAUACUGGCCCGGAACAGUGGCUUCACUUCGGGCGCAGUCUUGAACAACGACCCGUAAAAGUAGUCGUAGAAGAACACGACGGGGGAGCUGCCAGGGGCCACCUUGGCCUUCAUCCCUGGCGUGUUGCCGCUCGCGAUGGCUUCCCAAGACGACAGCACGAUCUCGCGCAUCCUGGUCGUGACUUUGCACGCUUCCAUGGCAAAGUUGGGGCAAUGGAUCUGCAGGUACUUGAAGUACUUUGGAUGCAGUACCAGCCCCCCUUCUUUGGUCUGUGUCAGGGCCUGCACAGAGUACUUGAUGCCCAUAGCUUUCGCCGCUUUCAACGGUGCGCCGAGAGACAGGCGAUAACAGUGAAUAAUAC